CGUACACAGUUCCUUCUGAACUGAACUGUAUACACAGUUCAGUCAGCGGUCAGUUCGUUCUGAACCGGAUAUGUAGUUCAUAUGAACUGUUGCCCAGUAGAAAAGAACGACCGUCCGUUCACUCUUUUUGGUGAACUCGUUCUUUUGAACAGUUCAUGAACGGUUUGCUCAUCUCUAGUCCACUCCCAUUUUCGUUUGAAUGCGUUUAGGUUCGACAGUCAAACGUUGUUCUUGAAUUCACUUCGUAUGUUUUCUCGUAGUUUACUGAAACGAUAUGGUCACAAUUUCAAAAACAACUUUUAUGAAUUUUGUUCAGUGUAUAAUCAAAUGGAGCGCGUUCUCGAAGUUACAUAGAAAUCAUAUGCUAGUGCACCCAAUGGCGCGUUUUUCAAUUUGUUUUGUUCGCCAGCGUUUCGUUUGCAUUCGUUUAUUCUUUUCGCUGUUGUAUGCUUUCUCAACAAAUGAUUCAAUUUUCAACACUUAAUUUCAAUAAUUAACUCUGAGAACAAUGGAUCCUACAAUAUCUGUUUCAAAGGGAAUAUUUGUGUUCAAAAACGGCGCCACCAAAGCGAAGUCUCGUAGAAAACCACAAAAAUGCCAAAACCUACUGGAUAAAGCAACAACCAGUGCAUUCUGGUACCGUAACUACAAUAAACUGUGGUCCCAAAUUCGAAAUCACUUAGACAAGCUCCAAACGAGCAGUUACGAGAAGAUUAUGGACAAUCUGCUCGGAUUCGUCGGCGGAUGCUACCAGAGCUUCGAGUACAGUGGGGUCCUACCAACCGCUGCGCUGUUGACUGGCAUCAAUCAGAUCGACCAUUUAUCUCAGUUCGAAACGCUUGCGGAUAACAUAAGGAACAACACUUUCUCACUGGUGGUUCUCGUCCAAUCGCGAGAUUGUCCCAGUGUAAAGGUUGCCAUCGAGACGAUCGUGUCCGGCUUCGUUGAGGAACAGCGUGCUUCCGAUGAUGGGGAAAGUAAGCGACUCAAAAGGAAUCAGUUGAAUUUGCGUGUACUGCGCUCGUGGUAUCAUGAGAAGCAUCAACAUCUGGAUCGCAAGCCCAAUCUGUGCGUUAUUAUGCCAGACUUUGAGGUUUUCAGUCCGGAUGUGCUGCAGGAUUUGAUACUGAUUUUGAAUUCUUACGCGGAAGAUCUACCGUUCGUUUUGAUUUUCGGUAUAGCUACUUCCAUUGGUACGGUUCACAGUGUGCUGCCCUAUCACGUAACAAGCAAGAUAAAGCUGAGUAUUUUCCAGUCCGAGCCGUCCAUUGUUAAUUUGAACAAAAUACUCGAUAAUGUUUUUCUAACACCGUACUGUCCGUUUCAUUUAUCCGGCAAUAUGUUUGAAUUGCUGGUGGAUAUCUUUUUGUUUUACGAUUUCUCAGUUAAAGGUUUCAUCGAAGGUUUCAAGUAUGCUCUGAUGGAGCAUUACUUCCAGGGAGCUAUUUACGCUCUGUGUAGUGUGGCCAACGAUCGUGAAGAGCUCGAAGAAGCUGUCGAACAACUGAGUGCGGUGGAUGUUGAAAGCAUUCGACAGCUGCUGUCAUUCCGACCGCUGAUAGAAUCGCUCGAUAAUCCACAGGAAGUCGUUGAUUUCCUGACGAAAGACGAUUACUUACGACGGAUGCUGCCUUCCAUGUUGAUUGAGGUACACAACUUCUGGUUCACGUUCCACUGUUCGCUGGAGAUGUUGCAAGCACUGGUACAAGAUCUACCGAAAAACCCACUUGGCAAGCAGUUGAGGGAACUGUAUGCGUACUGUAUCUCGACCGACGUCACCCAAACAAGCGACUAUAAGGAGUGCAUGCAGUUGGUGGCUUUUAUGUCUAAAGAAGAAAUUCUGAGCAAGCUUAUGAACGUGCUGGAGGUGAUUUUGAAGUACACGGAGUGGAAUGACGAGGCGAGCAUUCGGGGAGAGACCAUUUUCGAGGUAGAGCCUUUGGAGCAAAUGAACAAUGACUUGGAGAAUCUCGCGAGUCAAAUCGCCCAAGCUGGCAUGGAAUUUAUCUCAGAGAAUGCCAGCGAGAUGAAUUUAGGUUCAAUCGUAUCGCCCAAUAUGGGCCGACAGGAACUGAAACAAAAACUUUUAUGUGCCGCUCGUCAGCCAAAAAUGGAAUCUGCUUUCACCAAAUGCGUACAAAGUCUUGUCUCUUACUUAACGAAUAAUGUUUUCCGCAAAUAUCUGCGCCCUCUCAGUUGCGGCCCACCGCUGAUUGAACUUUUUGUUUUCAACGAUGCGGCAACCGUUCGGAGACACAUUGUUGGAGUACCGCGUGCAGCGGUUCACACUGCGCUUAACAAUCCCCACUACUAUCUCCAGUGCGAAUGUUGCGAGCUGGAUGACGACAGAAGUUUGGUUCCAACUCUGCCGGAUUUAUCGGUGGCAUAUAAAUUGCAUUUAGAGUGUGGUCGAAUGAUAAAUCUGUUUGAUUGGCUGCAAGCGUUUCGGACUGUGGUCGAUGAGAGCAAUGCAGAGGACUCCAAAUUGGAUCCAAAGAUACAAGCUCGCUUCACUCGAGCAGUUGCUGAACUGCAAUUUCUUGGAUUCAUCAAAACUUCAAAGAAGAAAACUGAUCAUGUCACACGAUUGACUUGGUGAGAUCUUUCGUCCAUUGUUACGAAAAUCUUAUUUAUUUUUUGCAUUUAUUGUUAUUUAUUGCAUCUCAGCGUUCAAAAAAUUGAUAUUAUGUUCGGAGAAAUCCUUAAUAUACUCGUGUAUUAUUUCGACUAGCAAA